UCUAGUAAUGACUAGAGAGUAGGCUGAACAAAGAGCUGCCUGCAGGGGACCAGCGGUCCAACACCCCACCCACUCUUACGCUGUCAAGCCACAGUAUCCAACGCCGGUCAACUGGACCGAAUAGAUGUGAUUUGUAACCUUCUAUCACCUUAAAGAUGACCAAAAGUCAGCAUUGUAAGAGGACGCACAGUUAGUGUGAGCGCGAGGGAGGGCGCGCUUCAUCCUGACGUAGCGCCGCUCGCUCCAGCCCUGCGCCGCUGUUGCGCUCAAUAUCUUCACCACGAAAUCAAACCAAACGUGGCGAUCGUUCACCGUGAUUUGACAUCGUGAUCUCUGGGAAUCAAGGAGAUGACAUUUAUCGUCAACAUGUUUUCCUUCCGCCAAGAGAUCCUUUUUAACCUUUUCUUUAAUGUUCCUCACUCUCCAAAACCACGGAUUGGCAUUGGACGUGUAAACUAAAGUCCUUUGAAAACCACCUUCUGCAAAUAUCCAAACAUUUUUUGUCCUCACCCACACUAGGAGAAGAUGGACAGUCCACCUAAGCUAGCCGGGGAGACUCUUAUUGUCCACCACAUUCCGCUGGUUCACUGCCAGGUUUCGAGUUCACGACAGUGCUGUGGUAGUCCUUUGAAAAGGAACAGUAAUCCCUUCAGCUGCCCAGAGAACCUGGGAUUGAUUCGGACAACCUCCCUACCUGAGAGAGACAUUCUUCAGCGGGAGGCGUUGGUGUACAGCAGCCUCAUACAGACAUCGAGCGGCAGCCUUAGCUCUAGUGACACUUUUGGGGAUGGAGGAAUGAGAGGAGGAGAGAAACGAAGAAGAGGAGGGAGAGAAGGGAGUAUGGCAAGCGACACUUCCUCUUUCACCUCAAGCAAUUCCGAAGAUCAGGCUCAAGGCUUGCCAAUGAAGACACGUGAACGGCCAAACUCAAGACGUAACCCCUUUCUGCUCAACACUGAAGAUGAAGAUGAUGAGGAUGAAGACAAUCUGAAUGGAUAUUUGGAAGACUCCUCUUUUCACCUGCAUGGAAAUUUGCAUGAAAUCUCAAAUUCAGUGCUUGCAAAUGAAGACUUGCCACCUUUCCAUCUACAUGACCUUGGAUUCACCGCUGAACCUUUUCUCUUGCAUGGGUCUACAGAAAAACAAUGGUGUUCUACAAAUGGGCCUAGGGGGGGAUCAGAGAGCAGAGACCAUACAAUAGGUGGGACUUUUGAUUUGUCUACUCACAUGGAGGGCCUGAACUUGCUGAGAUUAGAUAGCCAGCGGCGCCACGGAAGCAGUGGUUCCACCCUUUCAAUGGACUGUGGUGAUCAAGAAUGGGGUGAGGAUGAUGAUUAUGAAGACCAGUCCAUGCAGGGCGGUAGAGGAAGCUCAGAGUGUUCCAGUCUGGCAGCACCGCACUGCUCCUGUUGCAACCUUUCUCAGCCAUACCCUGAGCAUUUUCAGGAAUCAUUUUCUGAGUGUCACCAGGGCUACGGCAGUGAUUCUUCCUGCAAUAGCUCGGAUGGAGUGCUGGUUAACUUCAGCACGAUUUACAACAAAAUGAACAAUGUUGUCCCGGCCAAGCCGUUGCUCAAUAUCAAUAGUUCUGAUGAGCAAUCCUGUGGCUCAUCUGUGUCUGAGCUCAUUGGGAUGUGCGGGACAGAAUGUAGCAGUGGACGUGGAGCUUUCUACCUGGACUUACACACUUCGCCAAUCGAACCCCCUCAGCAUCCUUCAGCCACUCAAGAACAUGCAAACUCUUCCUCUGUAUCUCAGCCACAAGGUGCCACUAUUGAAGUAGAUGCCAACUGUAACUCAUACCACAACCUCCUUGGAAGUGAGGGACUGUCCUCUGAUGAAACCUCUGCCAAUGACCUCACUUCGUGUCUUCAAAGCCAAGCUCGCUUGGUCGUAGCAACGCAGAAUUACUACAAGCUUGUGACGUGUGACCUUUCUUCCCAGUCCUCUCCCAGUCCGGUUGGAUCAUCGGUCACAAGCUGCUCAGAUGAGCACAGCAAAGGAAGUCCCACUCAGCCAACAGAGUACUACCUAUUUCAACAAAUGAAAGAGGAUGAAGAAGAGGAAUAUGCAGAGCUGAGUGAAGAAAAGGAUCCAACUGAGAUUGACUCUCCCCAUGAGAAUGUGAUUGAGGGGCAGGUGUAUAUCAACAUCUCCCCACCUAUGACAGCCUGCAAUUCAGUUGGUGCUUCGGGGAGUGGUCGACCUCGUUCUCGCAGCUACGAUCGUAACCUGGACAAGUCUCCAUCUCCUCGCCUUGGAUCCUUGGAACGCAUGCUCAGCUGCCCUGUUCGGCUCAGUGAGAGUGCAACUCCAAGCCCGCCACCUCCACCACGUGUCACUUCUUUUGCGGAAAUAGCAAGAAAUAAGAGGAGAACUGGAGGGUCACCAUCACAGAGGGGUGGCAUAGAGGCCACAUCCACACACUCUUACUCUUCUGGAGAGUUCUCGCCCAUCCUGGAAGGCCUUCCGCAGGGUCAGAGCCACAGUUUGCCACCACUCACUCGAUGCCAUAGUCAGGGAAGCUGUGAACAGACUCGAACCAAAGCAGAAGGUGGCCUGUCUAGCUCCACAGACUCCUCUCCGGUUGUAAUUCGCUAUAGCAAAGAUCAACGUCCAACCUCAUUGCCUAUUCAGCCCUUCACUUUCCAGCACCAGUUCGGAAAACCCCAGGCGAAGCCUAUCCUUCCACUUCUGGACGGAUACAUCAGCCAUAUGCAGGCUCGAGGGGCUACAGUGCCUGAGGGUGGUGAAGAUGAGUCGGAAGAAGACCACAGGCCACCUCAUGACACCUCCACGGCACCUACAACAGUGCGGCCUUCCCCACUGGGCAGCUACUCCCCAGUUCGCAUUCAAGGUGCACCCACCUCUUCUGGAACCUGCUCGACAUGCACUCCAACCCCGGGUGGUCCGAGGCCGCCACGUUCCCUCUCUUGCCCCAUCUCUGCGGGUCUUCUGCCCCAGCAUACCCCACCUGGAGUGGCCAUACGUACAGAGACUCCUAAACUCACUCCCUUACCUCCUACACCGCCUCCACCUCCGCUGAUGAAGCAGAGUCCGUUGAUGCCUGCGUUGCCCACUAGAAGUCACUGUUUCCACCGUGGCAAUUUGCCGACGCUUCCCAGCUCUGGUCUCAGUCCUCUUGGACAGUUGGAGCCAGCGCCACAGGAAGAGCCAGUGAAAGUUUUACCGGCAUGUGUGACACAGCGCCAGCCUAAUGUGCACCACCUCUCCCCACAGGCAUUGAAAUGGAGAGAGUACAGGCGCAAGAACCCUUUGGGUGUGGAGCGCGGUAAAGAUGGCCAUCAUUCUUUCUCUUGUGCUUUGGAAACCAAGAGACCUGGAACUCGUAUCAUGCGACGCAAUGUGUUUGAUUUCCCUCCAACCAAUCAACCACUCAGCUUCGGCAGACUGAAUGGGCAGUCAUUGAGGCAACUGCCGCAGUGCUACAGCGAUUUCUUGCCUGAUUAUUUCUCUCAGACAGAGCGCCCCCCAGAGGAAUUUUGCUUAUCUCCUGAUGCCAAUACUGAUGAAUCCAUUUCUAUAGACCUGUUGCAGAAGAGAGGUUUGGUGAAGGCCAUAAACACAGCAGUGGAUCUGAUAGUUGCUCAUUUUGGAACCAGUCGGGAUGCAGGAGUUAAGGCCAAAUUGGGUAAUAGCUCUGUUAGUCCGAAUGUGGGUCAUCUUAUUCUAAAGUACCUGUGUCCUGCCAUUCGUGAGAUACUGCAUGAUGGACUGAAAGCGUAUGUACUGGACCUGAUCAUUGGACAACGCAAAAACCAGCCCUGGAGUGUGGUCGAGGCCUCCACACAACUCGGUCCUUCUACACGAGUUUUGCACAGUCUAUUUUCUAAAGUCAGUCAGUAUUCUGAGCUGACCAAUCACAGUAUGAGACUCAAUGCCUUCAUCUUUGGCCUGCUAAACUUGCGAUCUUUGGAAUUCUGGUUCAAUCACAUUUAUACGCAUGAAGAUAUCAUAGCAGCACACUACCACCCAUGGGGUUUCCUACCCCUGUCUCAAGGGGCGUGCCAGCCACUGUUCGAAGAGUUACUGCUGCUGCUUCAGCCGCUAUCACUGUUGCCCUUUGACCUUGACCUGCUUUUUGAACCACACCAGCUACAGAAAGGGGAAGAACACCUGAGACGCAAAGAACAGCUGUGUUCUGCACGCCAAGGCCUCGACCAAUCAGAUCGCUCCACCUUCCAGCUAAUGCGAGGCUGUGGAAUGUUGGAGUCUGGUGCACAGGAAGUGGGAAUGCUGCCUCAGAGAGAAAAAUUCAUGCUGAGAGACGAGGACAGCCGGUUUAGGACGGAGGGAGUGACAUUAAAAAUGAAACGAGAUGGGCGGAAGAGUGCAGGAGCAGAGUGUGAAUCACGGAAUAAGGAGGCUGGAGUGGGCAAAGAGUGUUUGCGGAAGAGUGACGCAGGGCAGAUAGAGGGCGGUGGGUGGUGUGCUGGCAGGAUGAAGGGAGUUGGAGAAGACUGUGAGAAGGAGAAAAGGAGAGAAAGAGAAGGAGAUGGAGCCAAACAGAGAAACCGACAAGCUGGCUGGUGGUAUCAGCUGAUGCAAAGUUCACAGGUUUACAUCGACAACUCUGCUGAGGGCUCAAAAUUUGUGAAGUGGGAGAAGAGGAGGAAAGCAGGCAUUGAAAGUUACCGGCAAAGCCAUCCUCCUCCUAGAGAAGGUGUCGUUGAGGGGGCCGAAGCCAUUCAACAGAUGGAUGAACAGGUGGAACAUAGUCGGACCAGCAGUAGCAAUAAUAAUAGUGUUGGCAAUGGGGUCCUCCACCAAUUAGCAUUGUCAGAACCCACCAAAGCUGUAAAGGGGAAGCCAUCGUGGAUGGGAAGUCCACCGGAAUCAGUGCUCACUGAGCUGAAGAAGAGUAAGGAGAAGCAGCUAGAAUGCCAGGAUGCCUAUGAAGGGGUUCAGGCCCAAGCAGGAGCAGGAGAGGAUGGGUCGGCCCAGGUGCUCCGCUGGGGGCGGCUGUUUGGAGCUGGAAAUGCAAGCAAGAUUGAGAAAAGUGAGCAGAAAUCAGUCAGGAAACAAAGAUUGCCGUCUGGUUGGUUGAGUCUUGACCGUUCUGUUUUGGAUUUGGUGGCCCAGUCUGUUGGAGUGGGAAAAAAAGCAGAGCAACAAUCUCUCACAUCUCAAAGCCAAGAAUCCCACCUUGGCCCAACUGAACAAGCACAAACACAGAAACCCCCAACACAGAGACAAGCCCCUCGUGAAGUGAAGGCGUUAUGCCAUCAUAUUGCCACAGAGCCAGGCCAGCUCAGUUUCCACAAAGGUGACGUGCUGCAGGUACUCAGCAGGGCAGACUCUGAUUGGCUGCUGUGUGCUCUGGGGGACAGCCAGGGCCUUGUUCCCAUCAUAUACGUCACACUGAUUGAGGACAGUCAGGAGCGCUGAAACUCAUAGGCUCUGAAAGAGAUGGGAGUGAGAUGCGAUUGGGGACAAAGAGGAGGGUCACUGCUUUUCUGAAUAUAAAAGCUGCUGCACAAGUGAUGAGUCUUGACGGAUUCAUUUUGUGCUUGCAUGUGUAUGUAAACACCAAUACACCAGUACACACAUAAAAACAUCACACUUUGCUGUUGUGAAAGCACCCUCUUUGUUUCAGUGAACAGCAACGAGCCAACCAGUGAUUAGAAAGUGUAGAUCUAGUUUCUGAGUAGUGAAAUUGUUUGCAAUGAGCCAUCAGGUUUUGCAACAUAGCUUGUAAUCAUAAAUGUCAAUAGCCUUUUAAAAGAACUAAAAAACCAAAUGACGUUGUUAGAUGACACUACUGGCGCAUAUGCCUUGUCUUUAUUAAAUACUGUAUGAUUUUAUGUAAUCUAGAUGUUAACCAAUUCAUGUGUUGCAACCGACAGUGCGUGCACGUUCCCUUCAGAGGCCGUGCGUAACCUGGAGGUCAUUCGUGAACAUCUCGUUCCUACUCGCAAACCAGUCGUGCAAAUAACUGUAUGAAGCUGAAUAGUACAUCACUGAAUAAGGGACACCUCAGUUUUUACUGCAAGUCUACAGGAGUUAAAGCUCAUUAGAAUUAAAAAAGAUAAAAAAAUUCCCAGCCUUAUAUGACAAGGGAAUUUUUUUCUCCGAACUGUGCUGCUUUGACAGAUAAAUAGGUCGGCUAAUGCUAUCAACACAAUCUCUAACCAUUCAUUUCAAGCUUUUUUUUUUACCAAUAAGGGAUCAUUUACAGCAAGAUUGUUUGCAUGUAAUGGAUUGCACCUCAAAUGCUUUGCUUUUCUGAUACUUAACUGAUUUGAAGAGUUCCAUCUUUGACCCUAAAUGUACUAUAUUCCUUCCUAUAACAUUUGCACAAUCUGCAGGAGAUACAGAAAGGGAGGACGUGUCUAAUGUUUGCGUACUUUAGACUUUUGGUUGUUUUGUUUUGGUCUAAGGAGCGUUUGAAUUCUUUUGGCCUAUAUUUAUUAAGAAGAGGAACAGAUGGAUGCAUAGAUAGAAUGGGAUGGAUUUAUAGAGUUUUAUUGAUGUAGUUGAAUAAAUGGCAAGCAAAAAAAAAAAGUUUAAUGGGGUUUAGUGGCAAAUCCCUUCCCCUUUAAAUAUUUUAAAUUCAUGAGAUGAUUUCCUCCAGCUAUCAAUAUGAUCUUGCUUGAAUAAUAUCUGCAAAUAAUACUUUAUUCUGCUUUUUGCAGUUGAGGACAAAAAGAGAAAUUUGAACAAGGAUGGUGAAAUACCACAUAAAAUAUUGCAGUGUGGUACCAUAUUGUGCAUUAAGUUAUGGCCAUUUAAUGUGCUAAAUUUAACUCAAGGUGAGGCCUUAUGGAAGGGAAUGUGUAUUAUGUAUUUUAUUAUAGCAUUAAAUUAUUUCAGGACUUGAGGAUGAUCAGCAAUUUUAUUUAAAAUUAUCUCGGGCCCUGUAUGACACUUGAUAUGCUUUUGCUUAAAGUAAUAUAUAAAAUCAUAUUUUGAUUUGAUUUUUUCAAAUUGCUUUAUUAAGACAUCAAUAGAUGAUUGUCAGAGUAUGUUUUUGUUAAAACAGUUUUAUGAUUUUUUUUAUGAUUAUUUUCUGUUUAUAAAAUGCAUUAGUCAUUAUUUUAUGUAUUUCUAAUUGUACAUAUGUUGCAUUCUCAUAUCCUCGAAAGGAAAAUGACUUGUUAUUAACAGCUUUUAAUGCUAACAGUUAAUAACGAAAACCAUUCAAAUGUAUAUUAUAUUGAUAUGGGAUGUUAUGAGUAGAAGAAAAUGCUCUCACACAAAAAGCUGCGCAAUCUAGAUUUUAGUGCUGCUGCUUUAGGUCAAUCUUGGUCACUUAAAGGUUUGUCUGCUGGUCUUCCAAAUACGCUUGGCUUUUCACUGAAUCCCACCUGGAAAAUAUCAGAGAGAGAGAGAGAGAGAGAGAGAGAGAGAGAGAAAGAGAAAGAGAUUGUGAGAGAAAUAGCUGUCCAGUGCCUUUUGAACCAAUGUGUCUGCUAGUGAGAUUCAAGAGUGUCUCCUCACGAGUGGUUGGUGCCAUUUUCUUCUGUAUGAGGCGGGAGUUAAAAGAAACUGGCAUCCGUUUUGGAUAAAGCCUGUUAUUACUUCUUCAUGCAGAUUGAAAGAGAAUAAACACCAGUGAAAGAGAGGAAGAACACCAGUGAAAGAGAGGAAGGCUUAGUUGGGAGUUUGAUGUUUGUUUGUGCAAUGUUCUUUUUCUCUCUGUCCCUCUCUCUAUCUGCUUUGAUAAUCCAAAUAUUUCUGGCCUGUAUAUACUGUAUGAUACCUGUAGCUCACCUGACUCUCCUGUUGUGCUCCUAUAACAUUACCAUCAUGUAUGAAUAUCAAUAACAAAGUGCUCAUGUGAACACCGA